AUUAGUUCAAACAUAUAUUACAUAUCGAUUGCAAUUAAUUAUCAUUUCAUAUUUACUAUACAUCAGUUUUACAUUUACUAAACAUUUACUAAACAUUUACUAGACAUUUUAUUAGGCAUACAAUUGUACUGGAAAAUAAACAAUGACAAUUACUUCUAUCCCAUCUAACGGCGAGGCUACUAUCAGGAGUAUCAGCUACUCAUCAUCAACGGUGGUUACGGUUCCUUCCUCUCCUUCCUCUUCUUUGACCUCAUUUCCGUCUCAUACAAGCGAUACCUUAUCAAAUAAUAACAAUAACAAUAACAACGGAAGCAGUAUAUCGUUUGGCAAGAAAAUCAAGCAGGCGUUAUCAAGAACCAAUUCCUUCUCUCGUCCAAAGUUGUAUCGCCAUGAAAGCAGUUCUAACAAUCUCUUCAAACAGUUUUCCAGUUCUAAUUUAGUGAAUCACAGUCAUGGGAACAGCCACCACCAUGGGAUAAACUUGAACCUCAGCAUUGAUCCACUUUCAGCCAACUAUGGAAAUUUGCCAGCAGUGCCUUUGAUUCCCUUGACGCCAAUAUCGCCACGCCAACGUGCCAAUUCAACGCCAAUUGACAAUUUGUUUAAUAAUAGUAACAACCUUAUUAGUAACAACAACAACAAUGCUUCUAAUAAUAAUAAUAAUAAUAAUAACACUUAUAUUAGUUCUGGUAACAAGUUGAACUACACAGGCAAUAUUAACUACAGUACUACUGCUAAUAAUAACAACAUUAACAGCCAGGAUAAUCUACAAUCAUUGCGAAAAACCCGUAACAAUACAGUUGGAACCCCAGCCGAAUUGUAUUCAAAUUUCCACACCAAUUCCUCCAAUGGCAACAGCCAACUUAAUAACAACACUUUUUUCAUUGAAGACUGCAACUACUUUGACCAAAUUAACCGAAACUCAAAGACUUAUGAUAAUUGUGAAGAAGAUGACGAAGAAAUAAUCUACGCUGAUAAUAUGGCUUCUUCAAUCUUAGAAAGAAUCGACAACAUGAAUGCAUUUGAUGAACAAACGAUCUGGAAAAUUUAAUUAAUUGUCAAAUUGAUUAAUAAAUUACAUUUUUAUCUUAUAUUAUACCUCAUAACAAUAAAUUAUAUCAAUACUUAC